AUGGGGUUCCGUGCUAAGGGUGGAAAGAUUUUCCUAUUGCCCGAAUAUCAGGCUUUAUUAUUUACCGUCGCAACGAAAUCCGCAGUCAUGGCCCCGUCAGCCACAAACGGCAGUGUAUAUGGCACAUCCAACGGAGUCCAGGGGGAUUCGAGAGCUCCUACUAACGGAUACACAAACGGGCACACCAAUGGACAUACCAAUGGACAUACAAACGGAUUCACUAAUGGUUCUUCAUAUACGAAUGGCAACUCUGAGCCAAACGGGCACCAUGCUCCGUCCUUUGGCCAGACCAAUGGUCACCGAGUCGGCCAAGCCAACGGCCUGAGCAACGGACAGUCAAAUGGUGUAAAUGGGAGCCAUAUGCCGCAACCCAAGGAGAAGACGAUGCCCAUUGCUAUUGUUGGCAUGUCAUGCAGGCUGCCGGGAAAUGUAGCUAGCCCGGCCGAGUUCUGGGAGAUGUGUGCUAGAGCUCGAAGUGGGUAUUCAGAGAUCCCGAAGGAGCGGUUUAACACCUCCAGCUUCUAUCACCCAAACCCGGGGAAAGCUGGCUGCCACAACCCGGUUGGGGGCCACUUUCUGAACACAGACUUACAAGCAUUCGACGCCCCCUUUUUUAGCCUAACGGAGAAGGAGGCUAUCUCUAUGGACCCGCAACAACGGUUACUCCUGGAAUGCACGUUCGAAGCGCUCGAAAACGCGGGUAUUCCCAAGCACAAGAUAGUCGGAAAGGAUGUCGGUGUAUUCGUGGGGGGUUCAUUCCCCGAAUACGAAUCUCACUUGUUCAGAGAUUCAGAUACUAUUCCCAUGCACCAAGCUACCGGUUGCGCGUACGCCAUGCAAUCUAACAGAUUAUCGCACUUCUUCGACCUCCGCGGGCCAAGCUUUACCACAGACACGGCAUGCUCCUCUAGUCUGGUCGCACUGCAUGUGGCUUGUCAGAGCUUACGUGCUGGGGAAUCAAACAUGGCAAUAGUCGGGGGUUGUCAUUUGAACAUGCUUCCGGAAUUCUGGAUAUCAUUCUCUAAGUCGAGGUUAUUUUCGGACUCUGGUCGAUCAUUUUCCUUUGAUAGUCGAGGUACAGGGUUUGGCCGUGGUGAAGGCUGCGGUAUGAUAAUCCUCAAGCCUCUUGACCAGGCUCGCAGGGACAACGAUCAAAUCAGGGCCAUUAUUGCCGGGAGUGGCAUUAACCAGGAUGGAAAGACGCCUGGGAUUACAAUGCCGUCUGGAGAGGCGCAAGAAACAUUGAUGCGCCAAGUAUAUACUAAUGCUGGACUGGACCCCGCGGAUUGUGGCUUCGUGGAGGCCCAUGGAACCGGGACUCGGGUCGGUGACCCAAUAGAAGCCACCGCCAUACAUAAUGUACUGGGCGCCGGUCGAACGCCACGCGAUCCGCUCUUCAUUGGAUCCGUGAAGUCUAAUAUUGGUCACCUCGAAGGUGCUUCUGGUAUCGUAGCGGUUAUCAAAUCUGCUCUCAUGUUAGAGCGUGGGUUCAUUUUGCCUAAUUAUGACUUCAAACACCCUAAUGAGAAGAUUCCGUGGAAGGAGUGGCACUUGAAGGUCCCCGUUAAUCAAAGGCCAUGGCCGCGGAAUAAGAAAUACAUCAGCGUCAACAACUUCGGGUUUGGCGGUACCAAUGCCCAUAUUGUUCUUGAAAAGGUCCCCUUCACCCAAAGGGGCCCCAAGAACGAUGCCGAUCUCAAGAAUGACAACCCGGGAAGGAAACUCUUCCCAGUGACUGCGAAUGACAAGAACACCUUGGACGCUGUUUUGAAGAGUUUAAUUAUCUACUUGGAGCAAAGACCAGAAAUGUUCCAGAAGGAUUUGAUGUCGGAUGUCGCUUACACAUUGGGCCAACGACGAUCCUUGCUGCAAUACCGGGUAGCAAUUCCAGCUCUUAGGUCAUUCGACUUCAUCGAUGCCAUCAACAACCAAAAUAUCACACCUGGCAAGGAAGUAGACCCGCUAAAGAUCGGAUUCAUCUUUACUGGACAAGGUGCGCAAUGGUAUGGUAUGGGACGGGAGCUCUACGAGCAGUACCCCGUCUUUGCCCAUGCUAUUGAUUACGCGGAUGCGUGUCUCAGCUCGUUAGGCGCACCUUGGUCGCUGGUUGAAGAACUAAGCAAAGAUGAGAAGACAUCUGCAGUCGGCGCAGCUCACAUCAGCCAGCCAGCUUGCACGGCCAUUCAAUUAGCAUUGGUCGAUUUAAUGCAAUCAUGGGGUAUCAAGCCAACCGCCGUGGCUGGUCAUUCCAGCGGAGAAAUUGGUGCCGCCUAUGCUGCUGGUAUCCUCACCUUCGAGGCAUGUGUCUCUAUAGCAUACCACAGAGGUCGUCUCAUCCCCGUCUUAAAAGAGAGGUACCCGGAUCUCAGGGGCUCUAUGAUGGCAGUCGGAGGUAGCAAAGAGGAGUUCGAGCCUCUGCUUUCGGAACUCAAAGACGGCGAGGUUAAGAUUGCAUGCUACAACAGCCCUAGCAGUCUUACAAUCUCUGGCGAUGAAGCUGGCAUUGAUGAGUUGAAGAAAAUUGUUGAAGAGAAGCAACUCUUUAACAGGAAACUUUUCGUCGACACUGCCUACCACUCACACCACAUGAACCUCCUCGCGAAGGACUACCAAGCAUCAAUUGAUGAGCUUGAAGGCCCCAUCCCGACUGAUGUUAGAUUCCACUCUUCACUCCUCGGCCGUCGUAUCGAUGGCACGGAACUAGAGGCAUCCUAUUGGGUACAGAACCUCACCUGCCCUGUGAGAUUCAAUGAGGCGGUACAGAGUAUGCUCGAGCCCAUUGAUGGCUACAGAACAGGUGUGAACAUGCUUGUUGAACUGGGACCUCAUUCGGCUCUGCAGGGACCCCUCAAGCAGAUUCUGAAGACUGUGGGUGGCGACGCAGCUAAGGUCCCUUACGCCUCUGCCCUUGCGCGCAAGAAGGACGCCGUGGAGACAGCACUCGAUGUUGCAGCCACGCUGUUUGCGAAAGGAGCUGCAAUAGAUUUUGAAGCCGUCAAUUUCCCUAAGAAGGGCAAGCCGCCAAUGCUGUUGAGUGACUUACCUCGCUACCCCUGGAACUACUCGUCCAAGUACUGGCACGAGUCCCGCAUGACACAUCUACACAAGAACAGGACGGCUCCACGCAACGACAUUCUUGGCACUCUCGCCAACUACUCUAAUGACCUCGAACCUACAUGGAGGAACAUUGUUCGCUUAGAUGACCUUCCAUGGUUACAACACCAUAGAAUCCAAUCUCUUACAAUCUUCCCCCUCUCAGGCUAUGUCUCUAUGGCUGUUGAAGCAGCUGCUCAGCGAGCAGCAAGUGCCAAUGUUAACUUCGACAAGUUUGAGCUUCGUGACGUCUCUGUCUUAGCGCCGCUUGUUAUCCCUGAUGAGGAUGUUGAGAUGACAACGACUCUCAGGGCACACCAGGAAGGAACCCUAGUUUCUUCGGAAGUAUGGGAUGAAUUCCGUAUCUGCUCCUGGACGAAGAGCAAGGGAUGGAAGGAACAUUGCAAGGGUUUAAUCGCUGUCCAGGCUCACGAGUCUAACGGCGUGGAUGAUGCUAGGCAGAGUUUGGCAUCCCGAAUCCACCUUCAGUCAACCAUCGCCGAUAUCAAUGCUGCUGCAACUUCGUCGAUCGAAAUGAAGAAGCUAUACGACAACCUGUCCGAGGUUGGUGUUGCUUAUGGACCUACCUUCCAAGGUGUCACCAACUGCAAAGCUUCAAGCUCUUGCUCGCAAGCUGACCUGCUUGUUCCGGACGUGGCAAAGGAGAUGCCCAACCAUUACAUAACCGACACCGUCAUACAACCCUCAUUCCUCGAGUCCCUCAUCACCAUGUACUGGCCAAUUGCCGGCUCCCAAAAUACCUCGCUUGACACGAUCUACCUGCCCUCAUCUGUGUCGAGCGUCUCAAUCUCGAAGGAUGUCAUUGACGUCAACAAGACCCCCGGCAAGGUCGUCAAGGCUUAUUGUCUCGGGUCGCUACCCACAGAUAGCCCUAGGCCAACGAAGAUGUCUAUGUUCGUUGCCGAUCCUAAUGCGUCAGAGCCACUCAUCAAGCUUGAUGGCCUUAACAUUGCCCCUAUUCUCGAGCGCGACGGCGAGACUGACCAAGAGGCUCACCGCGAGCUCUGCUACAAGCUAGACUGGGAGCCCAUUCUCGACCCUGUUUCAGGGGACUCUGAUAGUUCAUCAUCCGAAUGGGUGCCUGUCGAAGACUGCAAUCUCCCCGACACAGACAUCGAGAUAGUCUACGGCGAGGGCCGCCUCCAAACGCAAGUUGCUUUUAGCUUAGCCGAGGCAUUGCAACGGAUCACUGGAAAGCUACCUAACACUAGCAGUCUCCUAGAGGCCAAAGCUGACAAUAAGCUUCUCAUAUUCCUCUCUGAGAUCGACAAGCCAUUACUCUCACAAUUGAAGCCUGAGGAGUUUACUGCCCUCCAAAAGAUGCUCACCAGUGUGCAGGGUGCAUUGUGGGUUGUUCGUGGAGCUUACGAUAACUCUACAUCCCCGGACCUUAACAUGAUCCUUGGUCUCAGCAGAACCAUCCGCUCCGAGACUCUACUUCCGUUCUCCACGUUAGAUCUCGAUGGACGCAACCGACUUUCCACCGAGCAGAUCUCCGAGGCGGUUCUCAAGAUCUUCACCGCGGUCUUCGGCAAGAGCAGCGCCUUGAACGGCGAGCUCGAGUUCCAGGAGAGGAACGGUUCCUUCUUCACCCCGCGCAUCAUCAACGACCCCGUCAUGAACGAGAUCGUUCACCGGGAGACUAAGCCCUCCGCCCUCCAGCAAACACCGUUUGGCGAGACUGACCGCCAACUCAAGAUGGCUAUCACCGACGCAGGCGCCCUGGAGACACUCCACUUCACGGACGACUUGACUGUCGAGGAACCCCUCAACGACGAGGACAUCGAGUUCAAGGUUCACGCUGUCGGCGUCAACCACCGAGAUCUCACAGCUGCGCACGGUAAGCUCGCAACCCACGACUUCGGCGUGGAAGCCAGUGGCGUGGUCACAGCCGUAGGCAAGGACGUGAGGAAUAUCCAGGUCGGCGACCGUGUUGCUGCCAUCACCAAGGGCGCGUUCGCUACGUCGACUCGGACCAAGGCCAGCUUUGCAUUCAAGCUCCCGUCGGACAUGCAGUUCGAGGAGGGCGCAACACUGCCUCUCGCCUACAGCACCGCCUACUACUCUCUUGUAGAACUCGGCCGGCUCGCCGAGGACGAAACCGUCCUGAUCCACGCGGCCGCCGGUGCCGUUGGCCAGGCCGCCAUAUCAAUCGCGCACAUGGUCGGCGCCAAGGUGUUUGCGACGGUGGGAAGCACCGAAAAGAAAGAAUUCCUCAUCAAGGAGUACGGCAUCCCCGAAGACCGCAUCUUCUACAGCCGAAACCUCUCCUUCGGCAACGCGGUCCGCCAGGCCACGGGGAACGUCGGCGUCGACGUAGUCCUCAACUGCCUUACCGGCGACGGCCUGCGCGAGAGCUGGAGCAGCCUCAACAAGUUCGGCCGCCUGGUCGACAUCGGCGCCCGAGACGCCAACACCAGCACGCGGCUGGAGAUGGCGCAGUUCGACAACAACGCCAGCUUCAUGACGGUCGACAUCAUGGCCGUGGCCGCCGAGCGCCCGAAGCUCCUGCAAAGACUCCUCUCCAACGUGGCUAAGCUAAUGCGGUACGGCAAGACCCGCCCCAUCUCCCCCGUGACGGUCUUCCCCAUCUCCGAGGUCGAGUCCGCGUUCAAGACGCUGCACGGCGCCAAGGCCCACGGCAAGCUCGUCGUGGUGCCCCACGCCCACGACGUCGUCAAGGCUACGCCGCCUCGCAAGCCCGCCCGGCUCCUCAAGGCAGACGCUUCGUACAUCCUCAUCGGCGGUACGGGUGGGCUCGGCCGGAGCAUGGCUCGCUGGAUGGUCAGCCGGGGCGCUCGGCACCUGGUGCUCGUCUCGCGAAGCGGUAGCGCAACGGGCAAGGUCAAGGAGCUCGUCGACGAAGCCGCCGCAGUCGGCGCCGAGAUCGUGGUGCGCCGCGCCGACGUAGCCAAUCCUGCGUCCGUGGAAGAAUUAAUCCAACACGGUCUCGAGGGCUUGCCUCCUGUCAGGGGUGUCAUCCACGGCGCCAUGGUUCUUCGCGAUGUUCUAUUUGAGAAGAUGACCUACGACCAAUACACCACCGUCAUCGAGUCCAAGGUCCAAGGCGCGUGGAACUUCCACAACGCGCUGUCCGGCGCCCCGCUGGACUUCUUCGUGGCGAUAUCGUCGGUCGCGGGCGCGGUCGGCAAUCGCGGGCAAGCGGCGUACGCGGCGGCGAACUGCUUCCUGAACGCGUUCGUCCAGCACCGGCUGGCGCGGGGCCUGCCGGCAUCGUCGCUGGACCUGACGGCCAUCUCGGACUCGGGGUACCUCGCGGAGGACCUGGAGAAGGCGGCCGAGGUCGCCAAGAACCUCGGCAGCGACACCAUCUGCGAGGCCGAGGUGCUCGCGCUGCUGGGCGCCGCCAUCGGCGGGGCCCUCGCCAAGGCGUGCAACAGCCACACCAUCACCGGCAUGCGCAUCGCGCCCGGCAUGCAGCCGUUCUGGACCCCCGACGCCAAGUGCAAGCACCUGCGAGAGGCGAUGGAAGCGGCGGCGGCGGCGGACGCGGCGGCGACCGGGGGCGCGGCCAAGGCGAUAUCGUACAACGCGGCGGUGAAGGCGGCGAAGACGCUGGAGGAGGCGGAGGCGGUCGUCUGCGACGGCCUCGUGCACAAGCUAGCGGCGGUGAUGAUGAUGGAGCUGGAGGACCUGGACGUGACGCGGUCGCUAUCGCACUACCCGCUGGACUCUCUGGUGGCGAUCGAGAUCCGCAACUUCAUCACCCGCGAGUUCGAGGCGACCCUGCAGGUCCUCGAGCUCCUAUCCAGCGGCUCCAUCCAGACCUUGUCCAAGGCUGUCUGCGUCAAGAGCAAGCUAGUUAACUUCUAG